CAGCCAAACAGUCUGCAUUAGGUCGACGUGUACGUUCGCUCAGUCGGCGCAGACACUGAAUGAACAUCUUUUACACAAAUAUCCAUAACAUAUUAGGUUGGAAUCAUGGCCGGGGAAAUGUCCAUAAUAGGUUCCGUCAUUCUGGCUUUGUUCCUGGCAGGAUAUCUGGGACAGCAGUACCUGCCCCCUCCAAAGCCCAGGGUCAUUGGGUUGGAUCUCGGGACCACCUUCUGCUCGGUGGGAGUGUUUCAGCCUGGCACAGGCGACAUUGAGGUUAUCGAAGAUGACAAGGGUCGCAAAAGCAUUCCGAGUGUGGUGUCAUUCACCCCCACCGGUGUCUUUUCUGGACACGAGGGCCAGGAAUUGUCUGACAUAAAUCCUCAAAACACUAUAUACGAUGCUAAGAGAUUUAUAGGAAAGAUUUUCGACGAAGACACUUUAGAGAAAGAAAGCGCACGAUACCCGUUUAAGGUGAUAUUCAACAACGGGAGUGCAGAAUUUUUAGUCUCUACAAAUGGCACCUUCACAGUUACACCUGAAUUCAUCGGAUCCCGUCUGCUGCUGAAAAUGAAAAAGAUGGCGGAGAAGCAACUAGGAGUACCUAUCGAUAAAGCCGUUAUAUCAGUGCCAGCAGAGUUUGAUGAGAGACAGAGAAACUACACCAUAAGGGCCGCUAACCUGGCUGGGCUGGACAUCCUGCGUGUGAUCAACGAGCCCACGGCGGCGGCGAUGGCUUAUGGACUGCAUAAAGCCGAAGUGUUUAAUGUGCUGGUGGUGGAUCUGGGAGGAGGAACACUAGAUGUGUCGCUUCUUAAUAAGCAGGGCGGCAUGUUUCUUACCAGAGCAAUGGCAGGUAAUAACAAGCUCGGGGGGCAGGACUUCACCCAGCGUUUGCUGCAGUACACCAUCGAGCGAGCGCGGCAGCAGUACGGCAUUCCUCCUACUCUUAAAGAAGACAUCCAUCUCCUCCGACAGGCCGUGGAAGCCGCCAAACUCAACCUCACCCAGGAGCCUCACAUUCACCUCCGCGUUCCUCUUCACCUGCAGACAACGGGAAUGAACGGAGGAGCGCAGGAGGAAAAAGUCCUCUUUCAGGAGAAGCUGACGCGAGAACUGUUUGAGGAGCUGAAUGCAGAUCUCUUCCAGAAGAUUCUGGCACCCAUUGAGACCGUCCUCGUAGAGGGCCAUCUAGAGAAAGAAGAAGUGGAUGAGAUUGUCCUGGUGGGAGGGUCUACGAGGAUCCCCCGCAUUAGACAGCUCAUUAGUCAGUACUUUGGAAAGGAACCAAACACCUCGGUGGACCCCGACCUGGCCGUGGUGACCGGGGUAGCCAUUCAAGCAGGCAUCAUGGGCGGCUCUUGGCCUCUCCAGGUCAGCGCAAUUGAGAUUCCCAACAGGCACCUUCGUAAGACCAACUUCAGCUGAUUGGUCGAGACUUAAACUGCUACUCGGGCAUUUGUCACGCGACUGCUAUGUGCCAACACACCAAAAACUGGUUAAACAAUGUGUGUGUUACAUGUUUUUGCUUCCUGAUUGAGCCAAAACAAUGGUUACUGGAGCAUUUGUACUUAACGUCUGGACUUGUCGGCCCAAAGUAAAAUUUCUACAUUUCUCUUAGCAUUGAGAGAAUGUUUACCCGUUAUCUCGAGCAAGUGUCUGCUCGGGACCAUAUUACUUCAUUUAUUGCCAUCUGUGUGCCUAACUGGUACUAACUGUGCAAUAAGUCUUUGACUGGUUUUGGCAGGUUUAAUGAUGUUGUAUUCAGGGAAGCAGCUAAUAUAUAACUUAAUCAUUCCAGUCUCAGCUAUUUAUUUAUUUAUUUUGCCAAGGCUAGUUGUGAUUUCAGCUAGCUGUAUAUGUCUACUGGAGUUUUGCUUGUGCCUUUUCAAUCAUUGCCACAAUUAAAACAUGUACCGUAGACUAAGAAUAGUUUUUAUUUGCUUACUUUUUGUUAGUUUUUCCCCCGCAUAUAGUUAAGUAUUAGUAAACCAUAAUGCAACCUGCCAGUGGUUAAAUACCAUUUUAAAUGUACCAGCAUGACCAAUGUGGUAUUUAGUUCAUUACCUCUUCACACUGAAGCUUUUAUAAGAAUGUGAAUGAAAUAUAUAUAAAUGUUUACAUAUAUUUUUUUGUUUAAGUUCACAUAUUAAAAAAAAAGUAUAAUUACCCACAUGGACCCUCCUAAAAAAAUGAUGCUUUGUGUUGACCUGUUUUGUUUAUAUAAUGCUAAAAGCUCAAUGUUAGGUGAAAAUGCUUUGUGCAAAGUGUAAAUAUAUAUUGUUUAAUGCACUUUACAUACAGAAUAUUGCACAAAGUCAAAAGGGAAAACAAUUAUACAUUUAUCAGUGUAUGCACAUUCAAAACUUUACUGUAACUGAAAAACAAAACAUUGAAGUCUAUUUUUGUACAGUUCUGUACCAUUUCCAUUUGUUGCAUUAUGCACAGAACCUGUGUGUGUGAUUAAAGUCCUUUAACUUUUGCUACCGCGCAAAGAAAAACAAA